AGGAAGUGCAAUUGUGUCGUUGAAACAGACAUGGCGCUGUCGAUACGGUGCUGCUUGUCUUUUUAAGGACAAACAUUCGUUUUCUUCCUUUGAACUGAUGUUUACAGGAAUGGAAACCGCUCGAGUUCACGUGUUGUUUUUGUGCUUCGUGUUGUUCCUUUACCCGUGCGUGUCAGAGCGAACUGAGACGGUAAAUACUUUGGACGCGAACGACAGCGAGGACAGCGGAAGGGGCACUCUCCAUAAGGAUGAGUCUCUGUCGAAAAAACAGCUUGCGUUAGUCAAACACGACUUUGGAGAUGCACGCGAUUUACUCGACCGAGCCGAGGACAGCGCGACUGUCAGCAAGACUAAUGACACAGAGAACCACACGAAUGAUUCCACCAACUCCACAUCAUCAUCAAACAAGCCAACCAUGCCGGCACCCCCAAAUCCCAAGGCCAUUCUCCCCGUGCAAACGGGAGUCGAGGCCCAAGAAGAAGAGCAGUCCAAUGGGUUGACCAUAUUUUUUAGCCUCCUGGUUAUUGGAAUCUGCAUCAUCUUGGUCCAUCUGCUUAUCAAGUUCAAGCUGCAUUUUCUUCCGGAGAGUGUUGCUGUUGUGUCCCUUGGGAUUCUAAUGGGAGGAUUUAUUAAGAUCAUUGAGUUCCAGGAACUGGCCAACUGGAAGGAGGAGGAAAUGUUCCGACCCAAUAUGUUCUUCCUUUUGCUCCUCCCACCUAUUAUCUUUGAAUCGGGAUACUCUUUACAUAAGGGUAACUUUUUCCAGAACAUUGGCUCCAUCACACUUUUUGCUGUGAUUGGCACGGCCAUCUCCGCCUUCAUAGUUGGAGGAGGCAUCUACUUCCUUGGACAGGCAGAUGUGAUCUACAAGAUGACCAUGACAGAUAGUUUUGCCUUUGGCUCACUCAUCUCCGCUGUUGACCCAGUUGCUACCAUAGCUAUCUUUAACGCCCUCAACGUGGACCCCGUCCUGAACAUGUUGGUGUUCGGUGAGAGCAUCCUAAACGACGCAGUCUCUAUCGUCCUCACAAACACUGCAGAGGGCUUCUUUUCCCGCUCAGACACAACCAGGGUAACGGGCUGGGAGACAUUUUUGCAAGCAGUGGGUUAUUUCCUCAAAAUGUUCUUUGGUUCUGCUGCCUUGGGGACCCUCACUGGACUCAUCUCCGCUCUUUUCCUAAAACACUUUGACUUGAGAAAGACACCAUCACUGGAGUUUGGCAUGAUGAUAAUCUUUGCUUACCUUCCCUAUGGCCUGGCAGAGGGUAUUAAACUGUCUGGAAUUAUGUCCAUCCUGUUCGCGGGAAUCGUGAUGUCUCAUUACACCCAUCACAACCUGUCUCCUGUCACCCAGAUCCUCAUGCAACAGACACUGCGCACGGUGGCCUUUAUGUGCGAGACGUGUGUGUUUGCCUUUCUCGGUCUAUCCAUCUUCAGCUUCCCUCACAACUUUGAAAUAUCGUUUGUCAUUUGGUGCAUCGUCCUGGUUCUUCUGGGCCGUGCCGUCAACAUCUUCCCUCUGUCAUUCCUGCUUAACUUUUGCAGAGAUCACAAGAUCACACCCAAGAUGAUGUUCAUCAUGUGGUUCAGUGGUUUGAGAGGAGCUAUUCCCUAUGCCUUGAGCCUCCAUCUUGGCCUGGAGCCCAUUGAGAAGCGGCAACUCAUUGGCACCACCACCAUCAUCAUCGUCCUUUUUACGAUCCUCUUCCUCGGGGGCGGGACCAUGCCACUCAUCCGCAUCAUGGACAUUGAGGAUAACCAGUCACGGCGCAAGAACAAGAAGGACAUCAAUCUCAGCAAGACACAGAAAAUGGGGAAUACUGUUGAGUCGGAGCAUCUAUCAGAACUGACGGAGGAGGAAUAUGAGGCUCACAUAUACCAGAGACAGGAUCUGAAGGGCUUCAUGUGGCUUGAUGCUAAGUACCUUAACCCCUUCUUCACCCGGAGGCUCACCCAGGAGGACCUGAUGCACGGAAGGAUACAGAUGAAGACGCUCACCAACAAGUGGUAUGAAGAAGUUCGUCAGGGUCCCUCAGGAUCAGAGGAUGACGACGACGAGGCAGAACUUCUGUGAAAUGUGUGCACCUUUUUAAGCACAUUAAUACUAGCGUGCACAUCAUGCCAUGGCAUGUGAGAGUCAGAAAAGACAUGGAAGUCAGUCACAUGCACUUGUUGAUUUGCUGCCACCGUGGUUAUGUGAAGAGUCUGCUGGGAAGUAUCGUAUCAUGGGGUAAUUUCAGCAAAACUGCACUGGAGACAAAAUAUUUCUGUGAAAAAGGAUUGUUCCUUACUUCAGUGCCAUAUUGUCUGCAGUAUAAUAAGCGCACGAAUCUGAUCACUAAUGUUGGACGGAACAUGGAAAGUUCUGUACAUUUGCCACUUGAAGGGACAGACUUGUUGAAUGUAAAGAAAUACAAGAGUACCUUUUUGUUUUUUUGUUUUUUAUACUGGUUCAUGUUUGAAAGUUUACUUUGUGUCAAGGUGAAGAAUGUGAAGUAAUAUCACUUCAGUGAAUCUAUAUUACGCUCCAGCUCCUUGGCAACAAAAUCACGAGAGAGAAAAACAACAACAAAACAACCUAAAUGAAGACUACAGAAGCUAAAAUCAUUUCUGAGUCUGGUUCCCAGAUGAGAUGUUCAAUGUUUAUUUGUAUCCCCAGGCAAGCUUACCGUCACUGCAUUGCGUUAAAUACAACUGGAAUUGUGGCUGGUGGAGAUUUUACUGUAGAUUUUGACAUCAAUGAAUUCCUUUUUAUUUAUUUAUCUUGUCUGUCUGUGUGUGUGUGUGUGUGUGUGAGAUGCUUUUAUACAUUCGCCUCAAGCAAUGAGAGAGAAAAACAUAAGUCGUAAAGAGUUCUCAAAUGUUUAUUUUUGUAACUGAGAAAUUUUACAAGAUCUUAUUUAACAUCAAUGCGGUGGUACAUAGGUUCAUCUCAAUAAAUAAAGUUUUAUAUUGUA